AUGGAUCUAAAAGGGUCACUAGUUGAUACUAAUCUUAAGAUUUAUCCAACAGAAACACUAAUUAAGUUCUUAAAAACAAUAAAACCCUCUGACGAGUUACCUCAUAAUAUAAGUGAAAUAGUUACAGAAAGCAAUAAGGCUAUAUUUAAAACUUACAGUAGUGAUAAAAUAAAACCCAUCCAUCUAACUAGUUCUGACAUAGAAUAUUUAAAAAAGAUUAAAGAAACUCAUCCAGAUAUUGUUUCUGAAGAAACUGUUUUAAAUCCACCCGUUACUGAAUCCACCAAUACAAAAGUUGAAGGUAAAAAUGAUGAAAAAGAUGAAAAUAAUAAAUCAGAUAAAGAAAAACACAGCACAACUCCUGAAAAGACAAUGACAACUGAUGUAUUCCUUGUAACAGCUGAUAUAGAUUGGUUAUAUAAUUAUUUAAAAAUUAAAAAAAAUAAUGGUGAGGAAGAUAUACCUUACCUUCACACACUUUUAGAAGGAUCCCGUAUUGAAGUGCCAGAAAAUGAAACAAUAAAGAGAAACCCUGUUCUAGAAGCAAGAUGUGUAAAAUUAAGAGCUCAGCAAGAAGCUCGUGAGUACAGGAAAAUGACAAAGGGAGUAGACAAUGUUCGAAUGAGAUUUCCUGAAGACAACAUUUCAUAUCAAUUAAAACAACUUAAUCGUCAACUCAUAGCAAUUGGGCAGUUUAUUAUAUCAAUAUUUGCUGGUUUCCUUUUUGGAUUCAGAGGUGUUGAAUGGAUGGUGGGAAAUUUAGACUUUGGAUUCAGAUUGUUAUUAGGUGUCAUGUGUGCUUUAGUCAUUGCUCUUGCGGAAAUAUACUUCCUAGCAAAGAAAUUAAACGAAGAACUUAACAUUCCUGAAACAAUACAACUCGGAGGUCCCCUGAAAUUUGCUGAUCAACAGAAUUACUCUUCUGAAAUCACAAAAACAACACUUGAAAAACAACACCAAGAUUAAUUUAGCCAAUUAUAUGAUAUUGUAUGAUGUAUUUAAUAUAAAAUUAAUAUAACCUACAUGUAUAGUGUAUGUUAAAAUUUCUUUAAAUUUUGUUAAUUCAUAAAUUAAAACAAUAGUAAUAAU